UACGAAGAAGGAACGAGAGGGAGAAAUGUAAGGAGAUCCAAUUCUCCGUUCAUGGUUUCAUCUCCUCGGCCUGAGCUGAAUCCGUCCAAUUUCCUUUUCCGAUCGCCAUCUCCGGCCAGAAAUCGGGAGCAGGGAGAAAACCCUCAAUUGCACCGGAGAAGAUGGAUAUAUUCACACACGACCUGUCUCUCUUCGGUUUCAACUUGUCCGAUCAGAUGAUGGAGUCUCUCUCCCAGCGCCACGAUUCACCUCAAUCCUCACCGUCGACAUCAGCUGCCUUGCCUGGCCCUGGCGAUGAUUCUAACCCCAGGGCGGCCAAGGCUGCUGCCCCCGCCAGCCCUCCGCCUCACCGCCACGAUGGGAAGUCGCCGCUGCCUCUAGGGAUGGACUGGAGUCUACCUCCGAGCAAAUGGGAAGGGAGGAACACUGUGUGGCCGCAUGAUCCUCGAACGGGGUGGAGCUACUGCGUCACGAUACCUUCUUGGACUAUCCUUCCAAAAUCCAGCGGUUCAGAACCUGUAGUGUUUUACAGGGUUCAAGCAGGCAUACAAUCACCAGAAGGGGUCACUGCUACCCAUGGGGUGCUGCGAAGGUUUAGUGAUUUUCUGAAACUACAUAAGGAACUGAAAAAGGAAUUUCCGAUGAAAAUGCUGCCUCCUACACCUCCAAAGAAACUUUUGAGGAACAAAAGCCGGAUACUAUUGGAUGAGCGAAGGUGUUCUCUAGAGGAUUGGAUGGAGAAACUUCUAUCAGAUAUUGAUUUGUCAAGAACUGCUACUGUAGCAAACUUUCUUGAGCUGGAGGCUGCUGCAAGAUCAGCUUUUCACGACAUAAAUGAGCAAAAUUCAGAUUGGAAUUCCACUACUACUGAUGUUUAUCCGUCAAUUGCAUUUCCACCUGCUUCUGAUCCCUCGGUUGGUGCUGCCAGUCCAUCCAUCAUGUCUGAUAUUGGAAACGAUUCGUCAUAUGAAGUAUCUGAACUUGGAUCUCCUAGACGUGCACAGAACAUUUCAGGUGACUUUAGCGCAGAGACUUCCGAGCAUGAGUUGGCCGGUCGAAAGGAUACCCUGAAGUAUGGUGUUUUCAAUAAAAAAUUUACUGGAGAAGAUGGCAGUAAUGUAAGGGGCAAAAAAGUCUUGGCCAAUACAAUCAUGGUCAGAUAUCAGGAUGAGGAGAUUCCCUCAGAAGCUGAUAGUUUUAAACCUAACAAUCAUGCUCGAAGACUAUCAACAGAGAGCAUUGCUAGUGACUUAAGUUCUAUUAGAGCCAGUGAAGUAUCAAAUUUUGGCAUCCCUAAUUUGUUUGCUAGUAGCACUCUGGAUCAUCCUGAAGAUUCUGAAGCAGUUGGAAUUGUAGAUUCUGUCAGUUCUGUCUCACAAAUGCGGAGAGACUUUGUGAUUGCUUUUCCGUUAGAAGAGCGGCAAAAAUUGAACAGGAUGCUUACGACUGCAAGACAGAGGUUAUCUACAGCAAAAACAGACAUGGAGGAUAUUAUUGCAAGAUUUAACCAAGAAGUUGCAGUUAGGCAAUUCCUGCAAACAAAAGUGAAAGAUCUGGAAGUGGAGCUCGAAACCACAAGACUUAAUUGCAACGAAAAUAUGAAGCAAGCAACAUUUAUUGAGAAGGAGAAAUUCACUCAAAUGCAAUGGGAUAUGGAGGAACUCCGAAGGAAAUGCUUGGAGGUGGAAUUGAGAUUGAAAGCUGAACAGGAAGAGAAUGCUCUUCUUGUUUCGGAGAAAAUGUCAGUCAUUCAGGAGAGAGAAAUGUUGCUUCAUGCGUUGGAUGACGCGAGGGAACAGCUUUCAAAUCUGCAUAAACAUCAUGAGGAGUUUGAAGCAAAAUCAAAAGCUGAUGUCAAGCUUCUUGUGAAAGAGGUCAAAUCUCUUCGAAGCUCUCAGUCAGAAUUAAAACAUGAGUUUAGCCGGUUGUUGAAAGAAAAGAUAGAAGUUGAGAGAAUGCUACAAAAAGAAGGGCAGAGAUUGGAACGAGCAGAUGCUGCAAAUGCAAAGUUGCUGCAUGAAUGUGAAAUUCUCCGUGAUCGGCUGCAAGAAUGUAGCGUGAAUUUCCUCAGUGAAGAGGAAGACAAGUUAAUUGUGGACACUACUUCACCAUCUGAUGCACUAGACCUUCUGACAACCUCGGACAAUCGAAUCGGUCUUCUUCUUGCAGAGGCCCAACUCCUCGGUCAAGAUGUCGAAAAUGCGACGAGGGCAUCAGAUGGGACUGAAGAUGUCGACGGAGUUAAAGGUAGGAGAACCGAUGAUGAGCUGAGGAAGAUGUUAACAGACACUUUCAUCGAUAAUGCAACUUUGAGAAAGCAGGUCAACUCAGUGCUCCGCUGUGCCCUAAAUACGUAUGCCAAAUCCGAGAUAGACGAAGAGGAAGAGGAUGAGCAGGUCCCUUUGAGAAAAACGGUUUUGAGCAAAUUUUUGGAAAGAUGAAACAGGUUGUAAAUAUUGAUGGUAUCUGGUACUCGAACAAAGAAACUGCGUCAUGUACCUUUGCCAAUGUAUUCCGACAAACUUUUCAUCUUUAUUUACGUUUAAUUAAGAAAACAGCCAGGCACCGUAUCUCUUUAGUUAUCAAUGAAGCUUUUAAGCUCCUUGCCUGCC